AUGCCAAAUAGCUACAAGAAUCAGCCGAUAUCAGGUUUCACCGGUUAUAUUCCUGGCGCAAAAUGGCAGGUUGGCAGUCGAUAUGUAGCUGGAUCACGCGAAAACAGUGGAUUCUCGACAAGAAACGUUUCGGGACCUGAAGGCGCUCAACUUCAAACACCAAACGCUUCGAAUCAGAAUUUUUCGGCGGAGAACAGAUCAAUGGCAAUGGGAGGCGAUGAACAAAUGAGAAACUUUACGGAAAUGACGAAUGACGAACUUCGUGAGAGGCUAAUGAAAAUGCAAAUGGAUAUGCAGAAUCUUCAAAUGGCAAUGAGAGUAAACGGGGAUGGAUCUAACCGGAAUUCUGCAAAUUUCGCGGCGAGAGAGGAGCCAUCGGGUCGAAUGGACAGAAGAACAGAGUAUGAGAAUGGACAAAGAGGGCAACAAGAACAACUGAAACAAAGAAGCAAAAGUAUGCCAAAAAAAAUCGAAAGCAAUCCGUUCGACGGAAUCGAGAGUGGAUGGUGGAGUAAAGGAGAGGUGAAAAGAAAUCAGGAGCGACGGGAAAUUGCGAACGGCGGACAAAUGGUGAGCGGAGGAAAUUGGAACCAACGACCGCCAAGUCGACAAAGAGUUUCGAGAAAACUCGGGGCCCUCGAGAAGGACGAGGCUGAAGACAUUCCAGCAGCGGGGUAUAGUGGUCAUAUUCAAGGUCUACGUCAACUUGGAGUUGGAAAAUCAUUCAAUAUUGCAGCGAAGCAAGCCAAAAAGGAGUACAUCGAACGGCGCCGAACGUACAGUGGAAGCCGAGAUGCACUGAAUGGUCGUGGACGUGGUACGCAAUUCAGUGAAGAAGUCCUCUCCGCCAACGCAGUUAAGCUGCCCGACAAUCGUUUUUGA